UCGCAUUCAAGCCAAGGUCGCCCUUCCGGACCAGACCAGACCAGAUCAGAAACGCCUGCUCGCCAUGCUGCUGCUCACGACAUCGUCAAGAGCAGCCUCUUCGGCCCGCACCUCGCUCGUGCGAGGCAUCAGCACGACGGCCGUCGCGCACAGUGCUCCCUCGGGCUUCUUCACGCGCCCGCCCGCUGCGCCGGCCAAGUCUGGCCUGCCCAAGCCGACCAAGGCCUCGACGACAGCCAACGUCGCACAGCCCCACACGCCCCCGCACAUUCCCGCCGAGCAGAGCCCCAACUUUCCUCGUACGUGGAGCGUGUCGCAGAACCCGCGCGAGGAGGCCAUGAGGGGCCCUCGCUUCGAGCAGCUCAACGUCGACCUGCAGCCGAAACCGUUGAGCGCAAUGGAGAUGAUCCACCGCGAGCCGAUCAGGCUUACCACGAAGCGCAUCAUCGAGUGCGACGGUGGCGACGGCCCGCUGGGCCACCCGCGCGUCUUUAUCAACCUCGACAAGCCCGGCCCCAAGGGAUGCCCGUAUUGUGGUCUGCGAUACGAGAGGGAUCACAGCCACGCCCACGCAUGAG